AUGGCUGCGUGUGCAAUUCGUCGGGGUUUGCUGUCAAGUAUUAGCAGAUACAACAAGAAUCACACACACAGAAUUCUCGGUGUUAUUGAAUACAACAGCGGGUUAGAGUUGCUAAGACCUCGGCCACCAUGUACAGCUUGCAGUCCUUCCAACUUUCAGCAGAAGAGGUUCAUGUCGUCACGAAACAAGCCAGAGGGGAAAGUGCUGGAGACAGUUGGAGUGUUUGAGGCCCCAAAACAACAUGGCAAAUAUGAGACAGGCCAGCUUUUCCUACACAGUGUGUUUGGCUACAGAGGAAUAGUGCUAUUCCCCUGGCAUGCUCGACUCUAUGACCGGGAUGUCACUCCUACCCCAUCACAGAGCAAAGCAGAGUGUCCCGUAAGCCACGGCUCAAAGGAAGUCAAAGGAGAAACACACACCUACUACCAGGUGCUCAUAGACACUCGGGACUGCCCUCAUAUUUCUCAGAGGGCUCAGACUGAAGCCGUGACUUUUCUGGCCAAUCACGAUGACAGCAGGGCUCUAUAUGCCAUACCAGGUCUGGAUUACGUGAGUCAUGAGGACAUUCUGCCGUACAGUUCGACAGAGCAGGUUCCCAUUCAACAUGAACUGUUUGAACGCUUCCUCAUGUACAACGCUUCUAAAAACCCUCCCUUCACUGCAAGGGACACUCUGCAGGCCUGGCAGGAGAAGAACCACCCCUGGUUGGAGCUGUCUGAUGUUCACAGAGAGACCACUGAGAACAUUCGGGUCACAGUCAUCCCUUUCUACAUGGGCAUGAGGGAGGCUCAGAAUUCUCAUGUAUACUGGUGGAGGUACUCCAUCCGUUUGGAGAACAUGGGUAAUGAAGUGGUCCAGCUCAGGGAAAGACACUGGAGGAUCUUCAGUCUGUCUGGCACUCUGGAGACCGUCCGAGGCAGAGGGGUGGUCGGCAGAGAGCCUGUGUUGUCCAAAGAACAGCCAGCGUUUCAGUACAGCAGUCACGUCUCUCUGCAAGCACCCAGCGGACAUAUGUGGGGAACAUUCCGCAUCGAAAGAACUGAUGGCUCCCACUUUGACGUGCGCAUUCCCCCGUUUUCUCUGGAGAGCAAUAAGGAUGACAAAGCACCCCCUGCUGGUUAUACCUUCUAACUGCAGUGCUUUUGUAGUACCAAAAAGUCAGGCUUAGCAUCUUGAUCAUAUUGCUCCUUUCUCCACCUUUAAAAUUGUGUGAUUACUCCUGCCUUAGCAUCGGUGGCGUAAUUAAAGUGGCAAGAUCCAUUUUCUUCACUUUAGCCAUAUGUAUCAAAUGCUCAAGUUAUGGAAGUGUUUAGACGUGACUAAGUGGGUCAAAGACGUGAAUUGAAAUACUUUGGUGAAAGUGAUUUGAAGGUCUGAAGGAUUUUGGUCAGGCUAGACAGUUCUCCCAGCCACAGAGAUUUGCAGAAGCCAAGCGCGAGAACACUUUGUGAAGGGGUUUGUUUUCUCCUCUCUGUUUAUUUAAGCAAUGCUUUCAGUCAAUUAAUGACUGAAUAAGUCCAUAAAGGAGUCUGUUUUACAGCUUAUAAACUGUUGUUAUUGCAAAAAAAAAAUUCACUGUUUCAACUGUUCAGUCCCCACAUACACAUAUGCAAAUGUGAGUCUUUUUAGUCUGCUUGCCUGGUCUAUUCCAAAAGGUCUCAUUCCUUGGGGAGAAGAAGAAAAAUGGUUACCUGUUCAGGGGUGGUAUUCUUGGUGUUAAAGCAAAUGUCCAGUCCAAUAUGGAGGACUGCUGCUGUGUUGAUUAUGCAAGAGAUUAUUUGUGUGUUUGGACAGAAACAGUUCUGUUGCUGUCUGUUCAUUUCACACUGAGGAAAACGAGACUGUGAAAACUAACUUUUGGGAGGGAGAAAUUUUGAAAUAAAAAUUGUGACCUGUAAUGGGUUAACUGUAUACUGUAAAUAAGGUUGUUAAA